AUGUAUACGCUGAAAACUAUUACUACUACUACUACUACUACUACUACUACUACUACUACUACUACUACUACUACUACUACUACUACUACUACUACUACUACUACUACUACUACUACUACUACUACUACUACUACUACUACUACUACUACUACUACUACUACUACUACCUCAUCUAAAUUUCCUUGA